CUGCGUCCGCGUGUGUCGCGUGCUGAAUCGGUCACUUAAGUGCAUACUUACCUAAGGUUCCUCCUAAAUUAUCACUGAACUGCAUUGCAAUCAUCGUCCCUGCGAGCAUGGUGGAGGCUGUUCUGUGUGUGCAGAAAAACCGGCCACCGAAAUGAGAAGCGCAAAUUGGUUAUGAACAACGAGAUGAAGGAAAAAAAUACAUCGUUAAACUAAACCUGUCCCGAUCUAUGCAGUAGGUGGUCUGAUACCAAGUAUUAAAGUUGUGUGAUGUUCAAGAAGAAGAAGAAAAACUGUGAGUCGAAAAGGAUCGCUAGGAAAACUGAACCAAUGUGUUUGAAAGUGUUGUAGUGAAGCUUUGGAAAGCAGAAGUGUCCAUCGCAGUCCUAUGGAAAAUUUCGGCUACAAAGAGGGAUCAACCAGAUCCAAAAACCCCCGGAUCGCACGGGCCACAAGCGUGGUAGAGAAUGGCUUCACACCGUCAUCGUUGGUAUCGCGGUUCAAAACGUUGACGCCGAAUGGAAACGUGCGUUGGCGAAAUGAUCCGGAGGCUUUGGCGGGUGGCACCCAUCCGGGAGCUGAUUUCGAGUACAUGCAGGUGGGACCAUCCCCACCGGCAGAAAGUGCACCCAAUCUCUACGAUAGUUAUGAGGAGCCGAGUGUGGAUGGCGCAACGCAGAUCUGCAGCGAAACGAUUCGAGUUUCGCUCAUGGACCAACUGCGAGCUUCCGGCGGGAAGACUAUUUUGCUAGAGGAUAUUGAACAUGGCAUCACCAACGCCGGCAACAUUCGGGAAGUGUACGAAGGGGCCUCUACGGUGGAGAAAAAUAUCAGCUUCCUGUGGGCGGCGUAUUUGAAUCGUCUCAAUCUGCUGGAAGGGUUAAUUGAUUGUGGAGCCGAGCUCAUGUAUUUUGAUUCCAAUGGUUUGACGGCGUUGCACAUGAGCACGUUCAGUGGUUGUGUAGAUUGUACAGAUUUUCUUAUCAAAAAGGGCGUUGAGGUUAAUGUGCAGCCAAAAUGGUUUACUCCGUUGCAUUGUGCUGCGUUUGGUAAUUCAGUAGAGACAGCGAAAAUGUUGAUCAACAACGGUGCUUAUUUAGACAUCCCUACUAGCAAACAUAACUGUGAGGAAUCUCUGCUUCAUUGUGCCGUACGAUCAAAUGCUUUGGACUGUGUGCGAUUGUUUAUCGCUGAGGGCAUGGAUGUAAAUCUGUUGGACAAAAAUGGUAGCAAUCCGAUCCAUUUGGCCUCCGAUUUGGGCCACACUCAAUGUUUGCAGGCAUUACUGGAAAGUCCAACAGCAGACCCUAAUAUGAGGAUCCAGUUGAGGGAUAAGGAAACGACGGCGUUACAUCUAGCGGCCGAUGAAGGCAAUUUAGAGUGCGUAACUUUACUCUUGUCGAAAGGUGCCGAUGCAAAAGCUAAAAACCACCGAGGAUUCACGCCAUUACAUUUGGCAGCACGAGCAGCAAGUGUAGAAUGUGUGGAAACAAUUUUGAGGGUGGGCAAUGCCGAUCCUAACGCUGAGGAUGCUGAUAAACGAACUCCUUUGCAUGCGGCGGUAGGCAAAGCAGAUGCAGCAUUUGAUAUCUUGGAGAUUUUGAUAUCAUGGGGUGCCAAUGUGAACCAGAAAGAUGUAUACGGCUUCACGGCACUGCAUUUAGCUGCACUAGAUGGAUUGGCUCAUUGUGUAGAAAUGUUGCUGUUUCAUGGAGCCGACGUAACCACUAAAUCGAAAAAAGGCACAUCCGCUUUGAAUGUUAUAACGAGAAAAACUCCCGCCUCUAUGGCAAUGAUUAAUCACAAAUUGGAUGCUGCGAUUACGCUGAUUCAUUCACAAGACUCGUCCAAUCGAGAGAUUGAACUCGAAUUAGAUUUUAGGAGCAUUCUCCAACAUUGCCAUCCUCGUGAAAUUAGUUAUCUAAACACCUUCGUUGAUGAAGGUCAGAAGGAAAUUUUGCAGCACCCGCUAUGCUCCGCGUUCCUCUACAUCAAAUGGGGAAAAAUAAGAAAGUACUAUAUUGCCCGACUGCUAUUUUGUUUCACAUUUGUGCUAUUCCUGACACUCUAUGUGCUAACUGCUCUGGCACACAAUUGCUACAAUGGAAGUAAAGACAUGAUAGAGACUAUUCAAGAGCAGGAACUAUGCCAGAAACAAUCAAUUUUGGGUGAUAUGCUUCGCAAUAAUCCGUUUGUCAUGGAGAUGCAGUGGAUGGUUCUCGUCGCUAUCACCAUAGUCGAAAUCUGUCGGAAAAUAUAUGGCAUCACCGGAUAUACAUCUUUUCGCCACUACGUCACACAGGCGGAAAAUGCUAUUGAAUGGUUCAUUAUUGUCAGCGUUUUUGUUAUUUCGUACAUCUACACAAAGCGAACGUAUACUUGGCAGAAUCACAUCGGUGCCUUCGCUGUGCUUCUCGGCUGGACCAAUCUGAUGCUGAUGAUCGGUCAAUUGCCAGUGUUCGGGGCAUAUGUCGCCAUGUAUCGAAAAGUGCAGGUUGAAUUUGCAAAACUGUUUAUGGCUUAUUCAUGCAUGCUGAUUGGCUUUACAAUUAGUUUUUGUGUAAUUUUUCCGUCCUCAUCAUCAUUUGCAAAUCCGUUUAUGGGAUUCAUCACAGUUCUGGUGAUGAUGACAGGAGAGCAGGAUUUGGAUUUGCUGAUUAAUGAUCCAGACGGUAAAGAUCCGCCUUUUUUACUCGAAAUAAGUGCGCAGAUAACGUUCGUCCUGUUUCUCCUGUUUGUGACGGUUAUUUUGAUGAACCUACUAAUUGGAAUUGCUGUUCAUGACAUUCAGGGUCUUAAAAAAACAGCCGGCCUAUCCAAGCUCGUUAGGCAAACCAAACUGAUUUCGUACAUAGAGUCGGCUCUUUUCAAUGGAUGGCUACCAAAUUGGUUACGAAGUUUGCUCCACUACACUGCUUUAGUGUCACCCCAAGCUUAUCGGGUGGUGCUCAGCGUGAAACCGUUGAACCCAGGCGAGAAACGACUUCCCAGGGAUAUCAUGAUGGCCGCUUACGAGGUCGCCAAACAUCGGAAGCACCUCGGGCACACCAUAUCGAACCGAAACUCAACCGCGACGUUCUUCAAUUUUAAAAAUAAAUUUGAGUCAUCCACCAGCACAAGUGCCAUGGCGAUGGACCGAUCCGCCGAUUCUGAUUGUGGCUUCGAAACGGCCAGCAUCUGUACGUUGACGACUAAAAUCGAUGAGAACGCUGAAAAAAUCGAGCUAUUGAAAAACGAAAUUUGCGACCUGAAGGCGACUUUGCUACAGAACCAGCACGUGCUAGAACAAUUGCUAGACUUACUGUCAGUGAAACAGAGAUCCGCAACGGAAAAGAGUAUUAGAAUUAAAAAUCAUGAAUAGAUGCGGGGCUGUGGCUGUGAUCUACGCCUGACUUCAUUAUUCAUCGUUUGCUACCGUCGGCUGAUGCAGUUGUCAGCAUAUGAAUGUGUAAAUGAAAAGAGAUGUUUUAAUUACGAUAAGAUAAAGACAGCACUAUUUACCAGGUUUGUGUCGUCUGGGACGAGACUGUAUUAGGUUCGUCUGAUUGCCCGCAACAACAUUAUCAAAAUUAUGGAGGUCAUUUUUAUUUUUCUUUCAUUUUACACUCAAUACACAGUAUGGUGCUAGAACGAUUAGAAAUAAAUAGAAAAUAUCAUAAUUGCGUAUUAAUGUUUGGUACCGUUUGCUUUAUUUAUGAGUUAUCGAAAGUUGUGACAGUGUAUAGAAUACACAAAUGAUGUGAAGGGGACUAGAAGACGUCUGGUCAUUGAGGUCUUGUGAUAUACUUAGAAAAAUGUUGUAGUUUUUCUUAAUUCUAGAAGUAAAUAUGAUUUACUGAUUGACUUUGUUAGGCAAAACAUUGACCAUAUUUGUUAUUAAAUAAAGUAUUUUAUAUGUAUAUACCUAAUAAAAUCAUUUCUUUUUAA